GCGGGUCCAAAACCGCACGCGCCGCGCGUCACAGCCGACCCCCCGAGUCAGAACCGAUCAGGGGCGCAAUGUUUCGGCCGAGCCCCAUCGUCUCUCCCUCGCCGCGGCGCAGGCUUGGCGCUCCUCUGUGAAGCCCCAGUGAUUUAUGGAGUGAGGACCACUUUCGCUGCUGUGGAUUUUCGUGGCUGGAGACCCUGUGGAUGCACUGGAGAGGGGGCCAGGUACCCGCGUGCAGGAUGGGCACAGGAAGUGACAAGAUGACCUGAACAACAAGGAUGUGAAUAACCACGAGCUUCUGAAGGCCAAGCUGCGACUGCUGCCUCUCGACGCCAAGAUGGAACUUCGGAAACCAGCUGCUCGGACGUGCAGCCUGGGGGACAACGUCACCAGAAGCCACACCUACCACUCCGUGACCACGCGGUCAGAGGAGAUGCCAGAGGAGGAGGGAUCGCCGCGGCAACGACGGAUAACCGUUGCCUCAUACAUCCCUCAAACCAAGGACAGGAACGGAAACUUCGCAGGAAAGGCAAACUACGGAGACUCAGGCAGGCACUCAGGGGGAGAUCGUGCCAAGCCUUUGGUGGAGCUGGACACAGAGGGGGUCUGUCGAUGGUUCGCCAGCAUUGGACUGCAGAAAUGCCUUCCUUUCAUCAGAGGAGCCAAUCUGUGCGGGUCCCAUAUUGCAACCGUUGACCCCAAUAUCCUGGAGGUCCUUCACGUGUCGGCUCUGGAGGAGAGAGAACUGCUGCUCUCAGCGAUCUAUAAGGAACUCCAUCCCCCAGACAGCACCACAGAAAAACUGGACACCCUACUAGAAUCCAUUGGUCCCCACAAUGUUGAGAAAUUCACUGCUGCUUUAGUCUCUAUGAGCAAAUCCAAAUCCUCCCCUCACGUCAACUGCGUCAGCUCUUCUCGCUCCUCCUUUAAGUUCAGAGACAGGAGCCGACUUUCCACCAUACAGAGGAGCUCUCACCUGGUAGAGAUAACCAUACACGCUCUGGAGCAGAUCGUUCACCUGAGAACGCCUAAGGACACCACCGUGGGGAAAGUGAUGGAGUCCUGCCUGAAAACACUGGGAGUGACAGACAGCAGAGAGCUCUUCAGCCUCAGGAGCAAACUGGGGCCGUUGGCUGAACUCUCAUUCGACCAACAGAUUGGGGAUCUGCUCGGCUCAGAAAAGAGACUGCUGGAGCUAAACUUGUUUAAAAAGGGUAACCACAGGACCAAAGAGGAGAAGAUCCGAGAGCUAAACCAACAUGUGGACUCACUUCAAAAUGUCAUUCACCAGGUCCAGGAGCUCCACCAGAGCCUGGUGUCCUUCUGUGGGGAGCUGAGGAACAUGGAGAGCGAGCCGAGCCCGGACGCCGCGGGCCCCAGCGAGGUGGAGGCCCAGCUGGAGCUGGUCCAGAGCAGGCUCCAGGAGAGACAGCAGAGCGUGCAGGCCGCCCAGGACAGGCUGAGCAGCUUAGAGACGCGCAAGGACAGACGCCCAGAGGUCCACCUGCUUGAUAAGAUGAAGCUGGAUUGCCAGAUAUUCAAAGAGGAGAUCACCAUCAUUCACCUCAAUCGGCAGGUGGCCAGACUCAAGACUACACUGCAGGAGUUCCAAGCCAAGGAGCAGCCUAAGAGGCAGAGUCUGACUCUGGGCCAGCUGGUCUCGCCGCAGUGCCCCGCCGUGCUGCUGAUGACCCAGGAGACGCGGCGCGCGGACGGCGGGUACGGAUUCACCGCCCGCUUCUCGCAGGAGGCCGGCCUGGUGGUGGUCACCGCGCAGAACACACAGCUCUGCGUACAUGACAGGCUGGUGGAGGUGAACGGGGUGAGCGUUCUGGAGAGUGGGGAGGAUGAGCUCAGUGACCUCCUCUUCCGCCGACCCAGCGCCCGGAUCGUCGUCCUGCGCAAACCCCCUCCCCUGCCCCCCAAGCCUGGGCGUGUUCCUGAGCCCGUCCACACCCAGCCCCAGGGUGACCACCCGCCUACCACCACCCCUCCCCACCGUCAGGUGCUAGCAACCUGACGCGUCACCCCCUAGCACGCUUCCCUUGCCAUUUUCAUUUGAAAUUUCAAACAGUUUGGAGACUUUUGUUUUGUCACAUCUACAGUAGGGGAAUUGAAAAAAUGCUGUUUUAAGAGGAUAGCCUGCUUUAGAAGACCUUGUACAAUGUGCACAAUAUGUGUACGAUGUGUACAAUGUGUCUAUUCCCGUUUUGUUAUUUAGCAUUUUCAUGUUCUUAUGAAAUGUAAGUAGAUAUUUGCCGUGACCAUUCCUUAAUAAACAUACUGCUAAA